GUAACAACAACAGUCAAGUCUGAGAUACAACACAGGAUGGCUGUGCUACUCCUCAUCCUCCUUACACUGUGAUAUACCUUGUAGAUAUUAAUGUACUUGUGCGUCCGUGUUCUCCCCGUGUUCGUAUAUUCUCUCCUGGUACUUGUGGAUGGUGACGGGAGACUGGUGGAGUGAUGUUAACUUAGAGUACAGCCUCCUUACUCUAGUUAAUAAGUGAUUAUACUCGAAAUUCUUGUGUCCUGAGUGCGGACCAUUCUCAAAAUAGACAUAAGAUGCUCGUGUGUAGUGUUUGCUCCCAGGUUUUUGAGUGAUUUGCGUAUGUAACUGGAAAUAUCUCGGUGUUAGUCACAGCCACGAUCACUCCCUCUUAGCGAUAUCGAAAAUUGGAUUCCCGGGAGGUUAAAUACAUAAUUGAAGAGUCCAGAGAAAAGACUGGAUGUCCUCGCCAUGGUAGACAUUUGUCUGGAAUUUCUGAAGCACAGACGAGGAAAGUUUAUAUAGAGGUAGCUUGAAAAACCAUGAUGUUUCACGUUACUUUUAAUCAAACUAAGACGCUUAUAAGUGCACUUAUAAGUGAGGGUUUUAUUAUCAUUUGAUCAUAUGGUACACUACUAUGUAGUUAUUCUUUGUGUAUUGGAGUGUAUAGUUUAGGUGGCUUGGUUUAAGACAAGCCUGGCUUUGAUCACGACGUCUACAACCCAUGCCAGGAGACAGUAUUUUCCUAAUAAAAUGAGCUGAAGACAUUACAAACAUAAUGUAAGAUGGUAAGAUUGAUCAUCAACUUGUGUCCAAGAGAGCAUGUACGCCAGGAUGUAUUUUAAAAAUCUGGCGUUGCUUGAAUUGAUAGAUUAAAUCAACACUCGACCACCAGUCAAGUUGGACACUUGUUAGUUUCAGACGAGACUUCAGCUUGUGGCCUGGGUUGUAGGCAACAAGAUGCGGGUAUGGGUAGUGUUGUGGGUAUGGGUAGCGGGUCUAGCAGCAGCAGUAACCUCCGAGUGGUCCUAUGAAGGGGCCACCAUCACCCUGGCCCACCUCAACCUCUCCUUCACCGAUCCACAGACGGGCCACCAACGUACCUACAUGGGCGAGGUGGGCAAAUUCGGCAACGGGGCGGUGGGGGCCGCCUCAGGUGUCCUUGUUGUGGGCCACACGGCCCUUGGGGGCCCCCCUAGCAAGAACAACCGUCAUGGGUGCUCCACACCCUGGGCGGCACCACCCCCAGCUGAACCCUGGGUGGCCCUGGUCUCACGUGGCCACUGCUCAGAUAGAGAAAAAGUGGCCAACAGUUUGGCCCUGAAUGCUUCGGCCAUACUGGUGUAUGCCAGAGAUAAUCAUGCCCACCUCCAGAACAUUGCUCUUUCAUCUUUUUCACGUCAUCACGGAGUGGUGGUGUUCCUGGGUCAUCAACAAGGUGAGGACCUGGCACAGAUGGUCGAGAACGGCACUAAGGUCUUUGUCUCCAUCACUCAAGGUCAAGAUGUCAAGUACAAGGUCACCAACAUCAACAGCGUCACCUGUGCAGCGCCGCCAAGAAAGCCUUGGCGAAGAUACCAGUCAAGAGCAUCAAGUCUGGAGAUAAGGAGGUGUCAGCAGACUGCGAGUGCUGCGCUGUCUGCAUCGAACCUUACCAGGUGGCUGACACCGUCAGGACCUUACCAUGCAAGCACGAGUUCCACAAGAACUGUGUUGACCCGUGGUUGUUGGAUCACAGAACUUGUCCCAUGUGUAAGAUGGAUAUUCUCAAGUUCUACGGAUAUAUCUGGACAGGCAGCACAGAGACCGUGUUGCCCAUGGAGGACGAGGUGGAAUUUGAGAUAAUUCUAAGUGACAGUGAAGAAAGUGUGCUGCAGGUGGAUGUACUGGACGACACCUCUGGUGGAGAGGCAGAGGCAAGGCUCCCAACACCGCCUCCUGCACCUGCUAAUCCUCACACCACUCCUGACUCUCAGGGUAUGGUUGUGGCACAAGCUGAGGCGUCAAAUGUGAACGCAGCAUGUGAAGCUUGGUCAGGGUCUCCUGUCCCUGAUACUCCCAUCUCACCCGUCCAUCAGCCACAAAGUGCUGCUACUUCAUCAAGUAUAUUUUCAGUGAUUAGCUCAGCAAGAACUCGGACCUCACCUUUUUCGAGACUCUCACAUUCUAGUCAGGUUGCUCCAUCGUCACCGAUGACACAAUCAUCAAAUCCUCCAACACCUCAGUUAGAUACAGGAACGCCCGUGAACGAAGCUGAAAAUUCCGGAUAUAUUUGUGAUAAUACAAACAAAAAUGAUAUUGAAGUAUCAUCUGUAUGUUCUGAGGAUUUUAGUGAUGCUGUAAGUACUCAUAGUGCCUUAGGAACCAUAGAUGUUGAAGCUGGAAUGGAAAGCAAAGAACCUACCAAUGUGAAUAGUGCCACAGAUUGUGUAUACACAGUUACUUUUGAUGAGCAGAAUGAAGCACCAGGACCUUGUUCAAGUGCACCAACAUCCGUCCCACUCAGCGCUCAGACCACAACACCUACUCAUAAAAGAUCAACUUCUCGCAAGAGGUCAUCCUCCCGGGGAAGAUCAUCUAAAAGGAGGUCAACAUCUCGAGCAAGGUCUACGUCUAGAAAGAGAUCGGCCUCUCGUACGAGGUCUUCAUCGCGGGGACGCUCAAACAGAAAGCAGUCUCCAUCUCACUCCAGGUCAGUUGCCUCUACAAGAUCGUCAAGAGAAUCGCAUACUAUCAGCCAAAUUAAUGUUUCUCACGUCUGAUACACGAUAACUGUGAUCUAAAAGAAAUUUAUUGUGUGACGAUUUCUGGUGAUAAUGCUUCCUUGUGCUCUUGGAAGACUGAACAGUCUGUGAUUAUAUGACCUGAAAGUGCCAUCAAGUUUCUUCUUGAACUCUGUUUACAUAGUUUUUCAGACCAGUGUUAGAAUUCUUUAUGCGAUGAAUGUUGAAAACUUCCAUGCCUUCCAUUUAUUGAAGAACAUAUUACUGUUAGCAUUCAGUGAUAAAACUGUGUUGCACAGUGUACCUAGAACUCGUUGGCUUCCUAAAUAAUGACUAAAGAGUUCUGGAGCAAACUGUGAACAAAAGGAACAGUGUAAUUUGAAAAUUAGAGGACUUUGAAUAGACAAAGUACAACAUUGAAGUAAGCUUUGAACUACUGUACCUUACAAAAAUUCUCAGUGUUAAGAGAUAACAACCAGCUGUCUGAUUAUAACUGUAUACUAAAAAUAUAGUAUGUUUUUCUAAAAAACUGACAUUGUAAAUGUAUAUAUAUUAUAUAAACAGUACUGUAUAUAUAGACAAAAUAUAUACAGUGGACCCCCGGUUAACGAUAUUUUUUCACUCCAGAAGUAUGUUCUGGUGCCAGUACUGACCGAAUUUGUUCCCAUAAGGAAUAUUGUGAAGUAGGUUAGUCCAUUUCAGACCCCCAAACAUACACGUACAAACGCACUUACAUAAAUACACUUACAUAAUUGGUCGCAUUCGGAGGUGAUCGUUAUGCGGGGGUCCACUGUACAGGGUAUGUGUGCAUAUAUAUGUAUAUGGAUGUAAGAUUGUUUAAUGUUUACAUCUUAAAUGUUUCAUAUGUAUAUAUUAUAUUUUUUAAAUGCCAUAUAAGUAACACUAUUUUUAAUGUGUGCUGUACAAUUUCCUCAAACUAAAAUUAUCAAAUUGGAGUAAUAUCUACAUAGAAUACUUACUUUUAUGGCUUUCUAAAUCUCCUAAACCAUGCUUUAGUAUUUAAUAUACGUAUUUAUCAGACAUUUUGAAAAAUGAGGUUAUGUCACUUUACAUUUAUUUUUCUUAGUGGUAGCUUUGGAAUCCAAAACAGUGGCAUUUCAAAAGAGCUUGCUGCAUAUAUAAUUUGCUCAAGAUGACAUCUAAUUUUUUUCAUGAUAUAUAUUUGUAAUGUAUUUCACUCAUAGUUUGCAACAGUUGUUGUGUUGAGGUACAGUAACAAGAAACACACAACACCUCAACCAUGUACUGUACUUGUCACUCUAAUGUCACAUAUCAUUGCCAGCGAGAUUUAAUCACAAUAUUUGACACAUAUUACGAGGAACUUGUACUUUAGUGAUAUGUUUUUUUUUUUUUCCGUAAGCAUACCUAAGGAUAAUGUUAAUUUCUAGUUAGAGGGGCAAGUACUACAAGCAUUAUAUAUAUACAUUAAGAGAUUUGAACACUGUGAUCAAGUAAGCUGUUUUGUCCUUUAUCCUCAGUUAAGAAAGUUACAUAUUUUAAAUUUUUUGUGAGGCAAGAUUUUAAUUCUUAGAUUAAGAGUUACUAGCAUAUUGUAUAAUUUUUUAAAUAUGAAGAACUGUGUAGCAAAUGACUGACUAUCCAUAGUAUACAUACCUUUUGUCGCAAACUUAGGAUUAGAGUGUGAUUAUAUUGUACAUCACAGGAUGCUGUUGAACAAGGCUAAUGAUGUGAAUCAUUAGUUUUGUAGAUGAAUGGUUCAGAGAACUGACAAAUUGAUAAAUUAGACACAUGUGCAACACUUGGUUAUCAUUAACCCUUUGAGGGUUUCGGACGUACUAGUACGGCUUACGACCCAGGGUUUUUGACGUACUAGUACGCCUAAAUUCUAGCGCCCUCAAAUCUAGUGGGAGAAAGCUGGUAGGCCUUCAUAUGAAAGAAUGGGUCUAUGUGGUCAGUGUGCACAGUCUAAAAAAAAAUCCUGCAGCACACAGUGCAUAAUGAGAAAAAAAAAACUUUUACCAUUUUUUUGGAAUAAAACAGCGACUUUGCACUGUAUUUUCAUAUGGUAUUUAUUGUUGUAUUCUAGUUUUCUUGGUCUCACUUUAUAGAAUGGAAGACAUAUUACAGAAAUUGAGAUGAUUUUGUCUGGUUUUACAAUGAAAGGUACCUUGAAAUUGAGCUCAAAGUAGCAGAAAUGUUCGAUUUUUACCAAAUUUCAAAAGUAAACAAAUCGUGCCAAGCGUGCAAUACACGUCAACUGGUGAGUCUAAUAUUCUUUCUCAAGUGCUCCAAUAAUAUUUAUACCAUUUUUUACACUAAUGCAGUAGUCUGCAUAACAGUAAAUCUUAUAUUUUUUGUGAGAAUAAAAAUUCAAAGUGGAAAGCAAAUUAAUAUAAGAGGGGCCUUGAGACGUGACUAAUGACCAGAGGAAAUGUCAUUUUAGUGCCAGGAAUGUCUUUCUUGUUUAUUCUGAACCCUAUUCGGAAAUUGGCAUCUUUUGAAAUUUGUGUGAAAUUGGCAAAAUUGCUAAAUUCUGACCACUGUACUGGAUAGUUGAAAUUCAUAAAUGGGUGGUUUCUUGCACCCAUUCGAUAGAAAAAAUGGAGUUCUAGCGAAAUAUUCAUGUUUUUUGUCGACUAGUACAGUGCAAUUGGCCGAAAAUGGGGCUCAAAGUGGGCAAAAUCGCCGAUGCGUAAACAUCACCGAGACCGCUAAAUUUGCAAGAGCAUAAUUCCGUAAGUUUUCCAUCAAAUUUCAAACUUUUGGUGUCCUUAUGAUCGGAAAAAGAUUCUCUAUCCUUUCAUAAGAGAAAAUAAUUUUUUUUUUUAAAUUUGGCCGACCCUGAGAACGAGUUUCGGAGAGGGCCUGUCGACCCUCAAAGGGUUAAUGAGGAAACAUUUUGGUGCAGGCGCUGACUGUCGCCUCAUUACAGUUUCUCUCCAGCAUGCGGUCGACCGUGUUUCCAAUUGGGCCACCACGCAUGGGUUUAAAUUUUCCAGUACCAAAACUCACCAAAUUACUUUCACUAGACGCUCUGUCAUCUCCGAUCAUCCUUUGUACCUCUAUGGCUCCCGUAUCCCUGAACAUGACACAGUCAGAUUUCUAGGCCUUCUCUUUGACCGUAGGUUAUCCUGGAAACCUCACAUUACCUCUCUGAAGGCAACUUGUCACAGCCGGCUGAACCUUCUUAAAACCCUUGCUCAUCUUUCAUGGGGAGCUGAUCGUCGAACUCUGCUUCGCCUACAUUCAGCCCUCAUUUUAUCGAAAAUCGAUUAUGGUGACCAGAGCUAUUCAGCGGCCUCUCCUGCUACUCUCUCUAGCCUUAACCCCAUCCAUCAUCAAGGAUUACGUUUAUGCCUUGGAGCUUUUUGCUCUUCCCCUGUUGAGAGCCUCUAUGCAGAAGCGAAUGUUCCAUCCUUGUCUGAUCGCUGUGAUGCCCAUUGCCUUUGCUACUAUGUACGCUCUCACGAUCUCCGCAAUCCUUCCAUUUAUAGAAUGGUCACCGAUAUUAGUAGACAUUAUUUGUUCGCCGCCCCUGUUUGCUCCGUCCCUUCUCUCUUCGCCUACAUUCACUCUUGUCUUCCCUCCAGUUACCACCUUUAUAUGUUCAUGUAGCAUCUCACUUUUCCCUACCCCCCUGGGAAGUUCCAGUUGUUCGGGUCUCUUUCUCACUCCCUUGCUCGAAAGCCCAACUUCCUAUGGUGGCUUCCCGCUCUCUUUUUCUUGACCACUUCCACUCUCAUUCUCAUGCCAUCGCAGUGUACACAGAUGGCUCUAAGUCUUCUGACUGCAUCUGAUUCGCAGCAGUGUUUCCGGACAGCGUCGUGUGAGGACAUUUACUAUCUUCGGCUAGCAUUUUUACUGCUGAAUUGUAUGCCAUUCUUGCAGCACUUAUUCGUAUCGCAUCUAUGCCUGUGUCAUCAUUUGUGGUAGUCUCAGACUCCCUUAGUGCUCUACAGGCUAUACGGAAAUUUGAUACACCUCACCCCCUAGUUCUCCGUAUCCAACUUUGGCUACACUAUAUCUCUACCAGUCAUAAAUAUAUUGUUUUUUGUUGGGUCCCUGGUCAUGUUGACGUACAGGGCAAUGAACAGGCAGACACUGCUGCGCGGUCAGCAGUACAUGACCUACCAAUUUCAUAUAGAGGUGUUCCAUUUCUGGACUAUUUUGCUGUAAUAGCUACCCACCUUCAUACCCGUUGGCAACAACGUUGGUCAACUCUGCUUGGUAACAAACUUCACUCUAUUAAACCGAGCAUAGGUUACUGGCCGUCUUCUUGUCAUCAGUGCCGAGGUUGGGAGACUACUCUCUCCGGCCUUCGCAUUGGCCACACUCAUCUUACUCAUGGGUGUCUCAUGGAGAGGCACCCUGUUCCUCUCUGUGAGCAGUGUCAAGUUCCAGUAUCAAUUAGCCACAUUCUAUUAGACUGCCCUCUCUAUCAAUGAGCACGCAGAAUUUACAUCCAACGUUGUCUCUGCUCUACUACUCUCUCUUUGCCUUCCCUUCUUGCUGAUGGACCCUCCUUUAAUCCUGACUCUCUCAUUGACUUCUUGAAAAUGACUGAUUUACCCCACAAACUCUGAUGAUACCUUUCGCACUCCCCUCAGCCCUUUCUACCUCAAUCUCUUGCUGCCCUCUACCCUUUCACCAUCCACUGCCUUGCUGUUCUCCGUAACCUAUUACUCACCCAUCUCCCUUUUGCCACCUGGUACUCUCGCUUCCUUCCUGCCCUGCAGCGCUGUAUAGCCGUUGUGGUUUAGCGCUUCUUUUUUAUUAUAAUAAUAAUUUGGCACACAGUGGCUUCAUCAGUCCACACAAAGGAGAAUGGUGAAGAACAGGAGAAGGUUGAGGUAAUCAGUCCCUCAGCCUUGAGUCAAUGUGAUCAGUCCAUCAAUCUUGAAAAGAAUACAGCAUAUGUGUGAAGAAGUGGCGCAGCAGUCGUAGGUGGUAUCACACCUACGACUGCUGCAACUCUCCUGCCUACAGUAUAUAAGCCACUUCUUCGCACAUAUGCUGUAUCCUUUUCAGAAUUGAAGGACUGAUCACAUCGACUCAAGGCUGAGGGACUGAUUAUCUUAAACUCCUCCUGUUCCUCACCAUUCUCCUUUGUAUGGACUGAUGAAGCUACUAUGUGGUGAAACGUUUCCUCAUUAAAGAUAACCAAGUGUUGCACAUGUGUCUAAUUUAUCAUUAGUUUUUUUUGGUUUUAGUAUGUAAUAGUCCAACAUGUAUGCAUUAAUUGCAUUUUGAAUGAAUUAAGUUGUAAGAUGAUGGAACACACACUGUGCAGGUAUACUCUAUAUAUUUUUUGCAUCAUUUAGUAGUUGAAACUUAUGAGUAAUAUUUGUGUGUGUAGAAUAAAAGGAUAAUUUUUACUUAUUUAAUGGAUGCAAGAUUGUCUUAAGUGUUUUCUGCUUAAUAUUGGCUCAAAAGGGAAGGAAAAAAAUUAUUUAUACAAUUUUAUAAGUGGAAGAAGCUCAUGUGCUCAUAUCUUGUGUAUAACUCACAAUGUUAAAUAGUAUAAAGGUUAUAUGAAGUAGAGAGUUGGCAGAGUCAGAGUAAUGGAAUUAGAAAUUAAUAGUAUCAGAGUUCCUUUAGUUCUCUGUAUAUUUGGGGCCAAUCCUAGUUGUGAGAUGAGAAUCUCGCUGCAUGGUGACAGUAACAAAUUAUGGAAGGAAUAUUGGACAUUGAACCAGCACCCUUGCACCUGUACAUUGAGAGCAAUACACACUAGGGCUGAGUUGACACAGCUAGACUUGCACUGAGUACUUGUAAGGACUGGUUCAGUUGCCAGUGCUCCUUAAACAAUUUAUAAACAGUUGGGCUUUGCCUGAGCCUGAUCUCUGUGCUACAGGAUCCUCUGUAUUUGUGUUUGGUAAAUAUUUUAUUUAUUACAGUAGCACCCCUGUAUCCUUGGGUCCAGUAUCUGCAGUUUACAUGUUGUCUGAAAAUAACCCUUAAUUUUGCCUAAUAAUGGCCUCGGAGUGCAAAAGUAAUGAUGGUGAAAGUUUUCAAAGCCUAAGAGAAGCUGUGAAAUGCUUCCUAUCAGUUAAAAAGUGAUAAUUCUCCCCUUACUGUGUGUAAUUUAUUAACCUGUAUACUAGGUAUGUAUAUAAAAAAAUCAGCUUAUAUGUAAGGUUCGCCACUAUCCACGGCAGGUCCUUGGAAUGUAACCCCCGCGGAUGUGGGGGUUCUACUGUAUUGUAAUAAAUAUUUUAACUAGGUCAUGAA